GUGUUAUAGUUAAGGAGCGUAUAGGAAAAAAAACUGAAAAGAAGGGAUGAUGCUGAUAUUACGGCCGACGGCAUUGUGGGUCUCGAAAGGGCGGGUGGUUUUCCAAGGAAGGAGGUUUUCGGGGGCUGUGCGCCAACAAGGUAAAGUCCAUGUUGAUGAAUCUUUACUCCGACCACUAUAUAUGGAUGUCCAAGCAACUACCUCUCUGGACCCAAGGGUUUUGGAUAGCAUGCUGCCUUAUCUUGUGCAUUACUAUGGCAACCCACACUCUAGAACUCAUGCAUAUGGUUGGGAAAGUGAAACUGCAAUGGAAAAAGCCAGACAGCAAGUUGCAUCAUUAAUAGGAGCAGAUCCUCGAGAAAUUAUUUUUACCAGUGGGGCCACAGAAUCAAACAAUAUAGCAAUUAAGGGUGUUGGAAGAUUUUAUAAAUCCAGAAAGAAACAUAUAAUUACAACACAAACAGAGCACAAAUGUGUGCUAGAUUCUUGUCGUGCCUUAGAAGCUGAGGGCUUUCGAGUCACCUACUUGCCUGUAAAGAAAAAUGGUCUUAUAGAUAUAAAGGAACUGAAAAAUGCAAUACAACCUGAUACAAGCCUAGUGUCAAUAAUGACUGUGAAUAAUGAAAUAGGAGUGAAACAACCAAUUAGAGAUAUAGGUGAUAUUUGCAGUUCCAAUAAAGUAUUUUUUCAUACAGAUGCUGCACAGGCAGUUGGAAAAAUCCCUCUGGAUGUCAGUGAUAUGAAAAUUGAUUUAAUGAGCAUAAGUGGCCAUAAAAUUUAUGGACCCAAAGGGGUUGGUGCAAUUUAUGUCCGGCGGCGACCAAGAGUAAGAGUGGAACCUAUACAGAGUGGAGGAGGUCAAGAGCGAGGAUUACGUUCUGGAACUGUGCCAACUCCAUUAGUAGUUGGCCUUGGGGCAGCUUGUGAAUUGGCACAGCAAGAAAUGGAGUAUGACCAUAAACGAAUUAGCUCAUUAGCUGAUAGGCUAAUCACAAAAAUAAUGUCAGAAGUUCCUGAUGUUGUAAUGAAUGGAGACCCAGUGCAUCGUUAUCCAGGCUGCAUCAAUUUAUCAUUUGCGUAUGUGGAAGGGGAAAGCUUGCUGAUGGCCCUGAAAGAUGUGGCACUCUCUUCUGGAAGUGCUUGUACAUCUGCAUCUUUGGAACCGUCAUACGUAUUGCGUGCAAUUGGAACAGAUGAAGACUUGGCUCACUCAUCCAUAAGAUUUGGAAUUGGACGUUUUACUACUGAAGAAGAAGUAGAUUAUACUGUAAAUAAAUGCAUACAACAUGUGAAAAGAUUAAGAGAAAUGAGCCCACUGUGGGAGAUGGUACAGGAUGGAAUUGAUUUGAAAAGCAUUAAAUGGACACAGCAUUAAAAUACGUAUAUAUCAGACUGCAUGGUUGUAGAUUAAAUGUUUCUGUACAUUCCUGAGAAAAAGUAUAUAGUUUCAAGUGUGCAAUCCGUGGGUAACCAGUGAGAGGCUCUUUUUAAAUACAGAACCUGAAAACUGAUUCUAAGGGAGAGUUUUGUUUUGUGCAUUAACUUUCACAUAAAGAAGUAUACAUGGACAUAAAAUAUGCUGACACCAAAGAAAUUGCAGUACUUUUAUUUUUAGGUGAUUUUGUUGCAGCUUGGUAUAAUGAGACUUCAGAAUCGUAUCAUUGUGGAAAAAUGGUUGAUUUUGUUUCUUCUGUAAGCAUCAUGAGGCUAUUCUGAAUGGAUUUUAUCAACAUAUUACUUUUCAGAAACAUAAAUUCAGGAAUAAUGUUUCUUAUAGAAAGUUUACCUUACUAAAUCCUACAUUUUAUGCUUACGCACUAGUGUUUGUUAUAUAGCAGUGAGCAUGCUAAACUAAGUAAAUCUAUUGGUGGAUUUUCCUAUAUAAAAUUCAAGUGAAAGUGAAAGAAUUAAUGUUAUGUAUUUCAUACAGUUAUGUAUUUCAUAAUUGCAGAUGCAAUUUUUGUGCUUAAACAACUAAUAGAAAAAAUAUGGAAUAUAAUAAGAAUUUCUUUGUUGCAUUUGUAGACCAAGAAAAAACAUUUGGUAGAGUUCAUAGGAAACUGUUAUGGCAAACACUGACCCAAUAUGGAGAAUGCAAAAGCUUAUAUAAUGAUUGUAGAACUGUAGUCAGAACAAAUCAAGGAACAUCAGAACCCUUCAUAUCAGGAGUAAAACAGGUAUGUGUACUAUCACUACUAUUGUUUAUCACCUACAUUGACAGCAUAAGCAAAGAAGACAAACCCAAGAAUGGAAAUAAUAUCAACAAACUACUCUGCAGACAAUUAGGCAUUGAUAGCAAGUACAUCUAAGAAAUUGCAACAACAUCUUAUGGCCAUGAACCAAGAAUGCCAGACAAAUAAUACAAGAAUCAGCAAAGAGAAAACAGAAGUAAUGGCAGUUGGAAGAAAAAAGCAUAUCCUAAACAUAGUAAUAGAAGGAACAAGCAUAAAACAUGUAUCAAAGUUCAAAUAUCUAGGAACAACAUUCACUGAAGAUGGUAAAAUGGACAAAAAGAUUAACAUAGGAUGCAGUAAGGCAAACCAAGUAUUAGGACAGCUUGCUCCGGUCCUACAAUAUAAGGCAGUACUGAUCAACACAAAGAAACAUCUCAUACAAAGCAUAUUCAUCCUCACUCUAUGUUACCAGUGCCAAACAUGGACACUUCCAACAAAACAAACGAAAGUUAGUCACCAUGGAAGAGAAGGAGGAGGAGGAAUUCAUGCAGUCAACAUGUUGAUUUUUAAAAGUAAUAUAAGAGGAUGCUGGGUUAAAAGAACAAAUUUGUUUGGAAAUUGCUGCUUUUGUUUUCCCAUAUUCAUUAAAAAAUAUUUGUUCCUUUUUGCUUGGCAAACUGAUAAGGCUAGUACCUCUCACGUUCUGAGAUUCUAUUUGCCUUACACUGAAUCUUCUAUUAUUUUUCCUCCAAUAAUGCUGCUCCACACUAUCUCUGGAAGCUGAAAUAUUCUAUCUACAUGGAUAGCAGUCAUCCUGAUUGGAUUCCAGGAUAUUUUUAUGGUGCCAUUCAAGUUAUUACAUCCAUGUUGUGACAGACAGGGAAAAAAAGAAGAAAUAGUGGAUUAGUUUUAUGGUCAUGUUCUAUCUGAAAUAAAUUGAACAAAUAUGAUGUAUUGCUUAUGGUUGGAAAUCAGAAUGUCAAAGAUGAAAUAGUAGGGAAGAAAAGCAAUUGGACCGUAUGGCCUAGCAAACAAAAAUGAAGCAGAAAAAUAACUUAUCAGUUUCUGCUAAUUGAAUUAUUCCUUCAUUGCUAAGUUCUCAAGAGGAGGUGCUAACCUCGAAUUGGUAUGUUGAAGGACACUAAUGAAGAGAUAAUAACUGAUUUAAAGAUCAAAUAAAGAUGGAAAUAAUAAUGUAAUUUUGUACAGUAGAAAAAUCGAUAUCUAAAAAAAAUCUUAGAAGAUAUUGCUUAUAUACAAGGACCUUUGGUGUUAGGAUAUGAAAUUAGAUUAAUAUACUAUUCACAAAUUUAAAAGACCACAGAAUUUGAUGGACUCUAUAGAAAUAUGGCAAGAAAGAGGAGAAGAAUCAGAAAAAGAUUCCAACCAAAUUAUAUACCAAAUCUGGAGAAAGACACAGUGACCCACAGACUGAAGAAGUCAAUCUACAUACCAAUACCCAAAAAAUAUUUAAUGAAGUAUUCAAAGUAUUCUUAAUUUCAUACCCUAGGAAAACAAUAGAUGGAAUCACCCAAUGCAGAUUAGAGGACUACAUGGUAGAGAUGCCAAAUGUUCAAGAUGGGUUUUGCAAAUGUUGAGGGACAAGACUCAUUAUUGCAGAUGCAUGCUAGACAAUUGAGAAAACCAAAGAAUAGAGAAAAAAGACAAGGCCUUUGAUUGUAUUGACCAUUUCAAGCUAUAGAUCAUCAUUAGGAAAAUGAGAAUUCCAAAAUAGAUCAUUGUCCUCUUGUGAGAUCUAUACCCAGAAUAGGAAGCUGCAGUCUGGAUGAAAUAUGGCAAAACAGACUGGCUUCAUAAUGACAAAACAGUGAGACUAUCUCAUUAAUUCAAUCUGCAUGCUGAAUACAUAUUGAGAUAGGAUUGAUUAUUAGAAGAAGGUGCACAUUUAAAAUUGAUGGAACAAUGUAAAUAACCAGCAUUUGUAAGGUCUAAUGAACUUAGGAAGCACAGAGAAAAAAAGGAUAUAAGAUUAAAUGAAGACAAAAAUACCAAAGUGUUGACAAUUUCUUCUUUUUAGGAUCAUCACUAAAGGAAGCAGCAUAUAACAAAAUACACUUUGUAUUAAUACAUAGGAUAUCUAUGAGAGCCUUGAAAAAAACGUUCAGAUGUUAUGACAUACCUGUAUCUACAAAGAUUAGCACUGCAGGCAGUACUUUUCUUGUGAUGCUCUGUGGAAGAGACAUCUUGGCUUUGAAGAAGCACGAUAGAAAGUAUUGCUGUUUUUGAAUUUUGGUGUUGGAAACUUGUAAAAAUACAAUAGCCAAGAAAAUAAACAAAUGGAUCACAAAAACAAAACCCAAAA